ACUGAGAAGUUUCAGGGUUCCGGUUUAUUUAAAAUGAAAUAAUUUUAGUAAUUAAUGUGUCUUCAGCAAUUUAGAAAUCUAAUGGAGCUAUUGAAAACUGAAUAAAAAGUACGCUUAACAGCCAAAUAUUGUAUUAUGGAGCAUUACAGAUUUGUUGCCAGAAAUAUUGUAACCAUAUCAUUAGCACACCUACAGUUCGCGUUGCAGUGUGGGUAUAAUGUCGAGUUUCUUUGCUUACAGUUGUUGAAAAUAAAAAUAUAUUAAGUCUUUGAUUGUGUGUAAAAGUAUGGUUGACUAUUACGGGGCUUUGGAAUUAUCUCGUACUGCUACUACCCAAGAAGUCAAACAAGCGUAUAGAAGACUUGCUUUAAAAUGGCAUCCAGAUAAAAAUUUAGAUAGAAAAGAAGAAGCAGAAAAAAAAUUUAAGGAAAUAAAUGAGGCAUAUGAGGUUCUUUCUGACGAGAAAAAGCGUAAAAUUUAUGACCAGUAUGGUAAAGAGGGAUUGGAAGGGGGAGCUAAAAGAAUGAGGCGACACUAUCAUGGAAGGGGAGCUGAAUCAAUGUUUGAUCAUGACUUUUCACCAUUCUUCCAGUUUUCAUUCCGUAAUCCCGAAGAUGUGUUCCGAGAAUUUUUUGGUGGUGACCCAUUUGCUGACUUAUUUGGAGGAAACUCUGAUAGGAAAAAUCAAAAUGGGAGUGGAAGCUUACGAACUCGUGAUCCAUUCCAAAAUUUAGGAUUUGGCUUUGGUAAUUUUCCACAAUUAUUUGCUAAUGAUAUGCAGGGAGGGUAUGUAUUGAUUUUAAAUUUUGAUUU